AGGUCAGGACAUUAGACACAACAUGAGGUCAGUAUAGUAGGCACAACAUGAAGUUAUACAGUUUCUCCUGAUAAGUAAGUCCACUGUUCUCAGGAAUCAUCUAUAAAGAUAAACUGGUGCAGAAAAUCUCCCAACCUCAACCACCAUGCUACACUUGUAUUAUCUUCCUCUUUCUACAUUUCCCUUUUAUUAGGAGGAGGACAUCAUAAACAGUUAGUCGCAGAUUCAGAGCAGAGGCAGACACAGACACAGACAUAGACUCAGAGCAGAGACAGACACAGACUCAGAGCAGAGACAGACACAGACACAGACAUAGACUCAGAGCAGAGACAGACACAGACUCAGAGCAGAGACAUUCACAGACACAGAGCAGAGACAGACACAGACACAGACAUAGACUCAGAGCAGAGACAGACACAGACUCAGAGCAGAGAUAGACACAGACACAGAGCAGAGACAGACACAGACACAGAGCAGAGACAUACACAGACACAGAGCAGAGACACAGACAUAGACACAGACACAGACACAGACACAGACACAGACACAGACACAGACACAGACACAGACUCAGAGCAGAGACAGAUACAGACUCAGAGCAGAGACAUACACAGACACAGACUCAGAGCAGAGACAGAGACAGAUACAGACACAGACUCAGAGCAGAGACAGACACAGACAAAGGGGCAACGAUAGCACCAGAACCUGAGUACAGACAGAAAGCACAUUAAGUUAUUGGAGAUGUCUGAGGACAUCUAUGCUGUGCCAGAUAUGACAAAGAAGGUCAAGUUUAUUAACAGAGGUGAGAUGAAGGAGAGGAUUGUGGAUAUCUACGUCAGUGCAGACACCCUGAGAGACGGUGAGACCAGCACCAAGAGAGAAGAGACAGCAGACACUGCUCCUAAUAAUGGACCAGGAGACCAGCACUCAGUACAUGUUCAGUGGUGGAAGAGACCCUCUGGAGUUGCUGCAGUGUGUCUGGGGCUGCUGUGUGUUCUCCUACUGGCUGGGAUCAUAGGCCUGUCUGUCUACUACAGCAACGUCUCAAAGAACUCAUCUGCAGAGAGAGACCAGCUACAGAACAGUUACAACAACCUGACUAAAGAGAGAGACCAGCUACAGACUGAGAGAGAUGUUCUUAGCGGGAGGCUUACCAAUCUCAAGAAAACCUGUCCUGAAGGCUGGCAGAAGUUUGAAUCAAGUUGGUACUUCCUGUCUACUGAGACUAAAACCUGGAAGGAGAGCAGACAGGACUGUCUGGAGAGAGGAGCAGACCUGGUGAUUAUAAACAGUGAUAAGGAACAGCAAUUUCUCUUAAACCUCAAGAAGAGAGUCUGGAUUGGUCUGACUGACUCUGUUAAGGAGGGGACCUGGAAAUGGGUGGACGGCACCCCACUGAUCACAGGGUACUGGUAUGACCCACAGCCUGAUAAUGGUGGUGGCAAACCAGAAAAUGGUGAGGAGGACUGUGUCGAGAUACGCACAGAUCAAAGUCCUCUGAAGGCAUGGAAUGACUUGUCAUGUGCGGAGAAUCUUCACUGGAUUUGUGAGAAAGUGGUUUAACAUCACCAUGACAACAUACUGUAACACAUACAGCAGCCUUCAGUGCACAGAACGUCCUCCUUCAUUCUCUCUCUCUCUCUCUGUUUCUGUCUCUCUGUCUCUCUCUCUGUCUCUCUCUCUCUGUCUCUCUCUCUCUCUGUGUGUGUCUCUCUCUGCCUCUGUCUCUCUGUCUCUCUCUGUCUCUCUGUCUCUCUGUCUCUCUCUCUUUCUCUCUCUGUCUCUCUCUGUCUCUCUCUGUCUCUCUCUGUCUCUCUCUCUCUCUCUCUGUCUCUCUGUCUCUCUGUCUCUCUCUCUCUCUCUCUCUGUCUCUCUCUCUCUCUCUCUCUCUCUCUCUCUCUCUCUCUCAAACCCACACACACGUAUGUUUUAUUUGUUUGUAGUAUCAUAUUAAUAAAAGUCCUACUUAUUUCCUGA